CAUCGAAGUCAACAACAAAUAAUCAGCAAACAUUAUCCAAAAAAAAAAACGAAUCCAUCCAUAAAUCAAAUGAUCCGAUCAAGACCACAUUGUGACAUAGUAUUAUUAUUAUUAAUCAUUUUUGUUAAUGUUCAUCAUUAUCAACUUGAUCAUACCCCUGUAUAAUCAAUGAUGAUAAUGUUAAUGAUGUCGAAUUAGAGACGACCUACAAAUUAUUUUGUAACCUCGAAGAAAAAUUAACCAAGAGGUGAUUUUUUUUGUUAAUUUUGUUUCUGCAUCAAGAAUCGUAUGUAUGUUUGUGUGUUUGUCUAUCUGUAUAUGAUACAUACGAAUAAAUGGUUCAAUCCUUUUCAAAGAAUUAGCAUCAUCAUAAAAUUAUGAAUCUUAUAGGUCUUUCAAUGUGAUGUAAUUAGUGCAAUCUUAGGUCAUUCUGUUUCAUUUUGUGUGUAUAGACUUUAUAACUCACAAAAUUCAAUAUUAGAGAUGACAAAAAAAAUUAUCCAUUUGAAUAAAUGGGAUUAUUCUUCCAAAUUUGACUAACUUUUUUUUCUUCAAAAAUUGAUUUUCUUUUGUGUGUGUGUGUGUGUGUGUUUUUCAGUACAUUAUCCAACCGAUCAAACAAAAGGCAACAAAUAUCAUUGAAACACUGGUUGAUGUUUUUCGAUUUUGAUUUCAACUUGUUCCCUUAUUUUAUUUUAUUUUAUUUUUUUUUACUUUUUCAUUUCUCAUAUACUUUCUAUUUGUGUGUGUUUAUGUUUUGUUUCUGUCACGAAAUAAAAAUUGCUUGUUGUCGUUGCUACAAAAUUUCUGUGCAUUUCUAUGUAUGCGUCUGUGUGUGUGUGUCAUUUUCAUCUCUCUUUGAUAUUCAAUUCACAAAAAUCAUUCUGCCAAUUCAUCGUUGUCAUCAUCAUAUUAUGCACCAUUCCGAUCAUACCAUAUAUACAAACACUGAAAAAAAAAAAAAAACUUAAACAUCAUCAUCACCACACCCACCACCAACACCAAAAUCAUCGCCAUUCAGUGUUCAACAUUCAAAAAAUAAAAAAUGAUUGUUAUUAACGCUUGUGUUUAUCGACAACUUUUUAGAGAAUAAAAUAAGAAGAAUAAGAAUAAAACAACACACCGAAAAAUUUAUUCUGAUCAAUCAGAUGUUCCAGGAUCUGAAUAUUUAUAUGAUAAAUGUCCAUGUGAUUAAAAAAAAAUUUGGAAAACAUCCCUCAAAUCAAUCUCACCCAUCAACAUAGUAGUGAUACAGGUGUCUACAACAGCAAUCACAUUUUAAAUAUUUGACCUUAAAAAUAAAACGAAAAAAGAAUUUUUUGUCAGCAAAUUAAUAGAUCAUCGUUUUUCAAUUCCUAUAUUUUUUUCUGUCAUCAUAAUCAUCAUUAUCAUCGUCAUCAAAAAACAUUAGCUUUUUCCGAUUCUUAUUGAAUUUAAAUAAAUUCAAACCAAGUUUUUUUUUUGGUUCGAGAAUUCAUCUACACCGCCGCCAUCAUUCUAUCUGCCAUUGAUUUCUGUAAUUUUGCUUGUGUUGGAACCACCAAGCUGGAAUCUGAUUCAGAAGCGAAUCGGCGACCAAGUCUUCUGGCAAAUGUAAUGGGCUGCUUUGGUGGGUCAGGAUCGAAAAACGAUGCCGAAGAAGACAAACGCCGGCGUGAGGCGAAUAAACGUAUCGAAAAGCAAAUACAAAAAGAUAAACAAAUAUAUAGAGCCACUCAUCGGCUCCUUUUAUUAGGCGCCGGUGAGUCUGGCAAGAGUACAAUUGUCAAACAAAUGAGAAUAUUACAUGUUAAUGGUUUCAGUGAAGAAGAAAAGAAGCAGAAAAUCGAAGAUAUCAAGAAAAAUAUACGUGAUGCCAUAUUGACGAUAACGGGUGCCAUGAGCACUUUGGUUCCACCAAUUCUACUCGAAGACCCUAAUAACCAAUGGAUGGUUGACUAUAUACAAGAUGUUGCCAGUAGUCCUGAUUUCGAUUAUCCACCCCAAUUUUACGAAUACACUGAAGCACUAUGGAGAGACAGAGGUGUUCAAGCAACAUUUGAACGAUCCAAUGAAUAUCAAUUAAUUGAUUGUGCAAAAUAUUUUUUAGAUCGAGUUGAUGUUAUAAAAAUGCCUGAUUAUACACCAAACGAACAAGACAUUCUCAGAUGUCGUGUUUUGACAUCGGGUAUUUUUGAGACAAAAUUUCAAGUCGAAAAAGUUAAUUUCCAUAUGUUUGACGUUGGUGGCCAAAGAGACGAACGUCGAAAAUGGAUACAAUGUUUCAAUGAUGUCACUGCCAUUAUUUUUGUUACUGCAUGUAGUAGCUACAAUAUGGUGCUCAGAGAAGAUCCCAAUCAAAAUAGAUUACGUGAAUCACUUGAUUUGUUCAAAAGUAUUUGGAAUAAUAGAUGGCUGAGGACAAUCUCAGUUAUAUUAUUUCUAAAUAAACAAGAUCUUCUCGCCGAAAAAGUCAAAGCGGGAAAGUCUAAGAUAGAAGAUUACUUUCCAGAAUAUACCCACUACCAGACGCCACCAGAUGGUAAAUUAACUUUGAUUCGAAUUAAAACAAAAAAUUCUGAUUCAUUUUGUCUACUGUCUUUUUUUCCAUCGCAUUUAGCUGUAUUCGAUCCGGGUGAAUCACCGGAAUUUAUUCGGGCAAAAUAUUUUAUUCGCGAUGAAUUUCUGAGAAUAAGCACCGCCAGUGGAGAUGGAAAACAUUAUUGCUAUCCUCAUUUUACCUGUGCCGUUGAUACUGAAAACAUCAGGAGAGUAUUCAACGAUUGCCGUGACAUAAUACAACGGAUGCAUCUUCGUCAAUAUGAGCUAUUGUGAUCUUUAUCUUCUCUCUCUCUCUCUUUCUUAUUUUAUUAUUGCUACUAUAAUUAUUCUCAUUCUGAGUUAUCAUCAUUAUCAUCUACGACUUUUUCAUUACUUUUUGUUCUGUCGGUUUUUAGUGCAUCAAUUUUUUUGAAAAAAUUUUCAAACGAAAAAUAUUCGCUUCACAACAAACAAAUGCAAGGGCUGAAAAACACACACCACCAUUACUGUGCAUACUAUUAUAACUUUGUAUAAAAAAAAUUGCAUGAAAAUUCAUUUUUAAAAAAAAUCUGCUCCCGAAAUAAUAUAUUAUUGGAUUGAUGUAUAAUCCAUAAUUGUGAAAGAAUUCUCUUUUUGCUUUUGUUCUUGUUGUUAUUGUUCUUUUGUACAGAAUUUCAAUUGACAAUUAUUCUUUUUUUUUCGAGACAAAAAAAAUAAACAUUUGUCUCCAUACAUUGUUCACAUAAACACUAAAUACACACCUACACUGAAUGAUUUAUUGAUAAAAUUUCAAUCGCCAUCACUGGGGAAAAAGUUCACAUCUAUGAUUUAUUUGGCUUAAUACGAAUGGUGAUUUAUAUAAUAAUAUUAUCUAAUAUUAAUAAAUUGUUUGUACAUGUUACACAUACACAUCAUCAUCAUCAUCAUCAUUACCUUGAUGACCAUUAGGUUUACACACGCCCACAAAUUACACAAAUCUGCCCAUUUAUAUCAUCGAAUUCAUUUUAUUAUUACAUGUGAAUUACACCUACACACACACACACACACACACGACCAUUGAUAAUUUGAUCAUCAUGAUGAUAAUUGUUAUCACAAUUUUACCAUUAUAUACACAAUGACACACCACCAUAAUGCCGUCGCCAAAUUUUUUUUCGCUCUCACACUUUUUGUUCUUUUUUUUGUAAUUGAUGAUUGAUCACAUUUGUAAUCAACAGACAAACAAACAACAUAAAGACAUACGGAUGAUAUUUUAGAAUCGAAUUGUUUAAACAAAGCAAACUAAAAAAAAAAAAUGUUCCAAAAAUGACAUUUUAAAUAUUCUUUUUUUUUGUUUUCAUAUGGGAAAAAAAAGAAAAUUCUUGAAACGACCAAAUCCGACUCCAAUUCUAUAUAUCAUUAUCUUAUUUCAGAAAAAAAAUCAAGCGAUAAUUUUUACUAUGAAUAUCUUGUUAAUUAUAUAAAAAAAAUUAUUCCUCAUGAAA